UCCGCCAUCAAGUUUCACAGAUGAAACAUUUAUUAGUGAAAACGGAAAAUAAACUAAACAAUAAUAAGAUUGUAAUACAUUAAAUAGUUAAUUACUAUAUUACAAUAAUAUAGUAUAGUAAAACACGUAUAUCGACAACUGAAAACAGUCAAAAUAACGAUUUUAUCCGAAAGUUCAAUAGAGAAGUGCUAUUUAUAACCUAUAAAUUAACGUCACAGUUUUUUUUUUGUUACGCCAAUUUAAUCGGAGUCAAUUGAGUGACUGAAUUACAUUGAAUUGUCACGGAUCAUGAAGCAAGAUGGCGUUGAGUAGGGAGAAAAAUCAUGGCGCCAUGAAUCACGGGAGCUGUCAAAAUAAUAACCAUAAAACUGUCUGAAUCAGCGACGCCGCGCAGCGUGCAAGAGGGAGAGCGAUGCACCCGACCGCCCGGUGACCCUGUCGCCGACACCCGCACAAUAUGUCGUGGGACUCUAUCGAGUCACGUGACUUUCUCGGCGGAGUGCCGGCGCAUCAGUUAUCAGCCACACGUCUUCUCAGUUCACCAGAUCCGUCGAGACACCAUCUCGAUGAGACGCAAGAAGUAUAUCCAUUUUCGGAGGAAUACCCAGGACCGGCUUCGGCCAGGAAUGGCGCGUUGCGCUGGGGCGCGAGGUUCGGUCCGGCCCACCGACCACCGGCCUCUGGGCUGCUGGAUUGCUUCCGAGUUUGCCGGUCUAGACUCGACCAGUACCUGGCCAGGCGGAAGAUUGAACGCGGGGUCCGUCUGUACGGUCAGAACGAGCAGCGCCAGGCCGUCAAGGUAUGGCUGUCAGCGUUGCGCGGCGUCAGACACAGAAACGACAAGUUCGCCCUCUUAGGACAUCUGUACCAGGCGUACAUGGACUUUGGGAAGUACAGAGAAUCGUUGGAGUUCGCAAACAGACAACUAGGUAUUUCCGAAGAGCUGGACUCCGCUCCGAUGCGGGCCGAGGCGUACCUCAACUUGGCGAGGGCUCACCAAACCCUGGGCGGGCUGGACAGAGCUCUCUCGUACGCCCGCCACGCUCUGUACAACGACUGCGGCGGCGGCUCCACGGCCGGCUACGUCCACCUCACCGUGGCCUCCGUGAGCUUAGAGCUCGGAGCUUUCUCCAAGGCCAUGGACGGCUUCCAGAAAGCUCUUGCAGUGGCGCAGGCGCAGAACGACAACACGCUAUUGCUACAGGUGUACGUGGGUCUGUCUGAGCUGUGGCGGCGGCUGCGGGACGCGGAGCGCGCGGUGGCGUGCGCGGCGCGGGCCUGCGACCUGGGCCGGGGCCCGCGCGCCGCCGACCUCAACACGCGUCACCACCGCACGGCGCUGCUGCAAAUGGCGGCCGCCUUGCGCGCCCGCGGCGAGCUCGGAGACGCGCACGACUACUGCAACGAGGCGCUGCGGCUGGCGGCGGUGGCCGGGGACCAGGGCUGCUACGCUCGCGCCGUCCGCAUCGCCGGCGACGUCUACCGACGGAAGUGCGACGUCGGCAAAGCUCUCAGGCACUACGAAGUGGCCAUGGGCGCGGGCCAGGCAUUAGGCGACCGUCUGGCCCAGAUGGAGGCCAUGGACGGCGCCGCGCGCUGCCUGGAGGCUCUCCGUCUGCAGAACAGGAUCUGCAACUGUCGUCCGCUCGAGUUCAACACGAGAUUACUGGAAGUCGCCACUUCCGUCGGAGCCAAGAUGCUGGUACGACGGGUUCGACUCCGCCUAGCCGAGAUCUACACCGCGUUGGGCGACAACAAGGCUGCAGCGAGGCAGAAAAGAGCCGCGGCCGCCUGGGGAGCCCCGGCCUGCGCCCGAUGCAGGGAGCCGCUCGCGGAGCAGCCCGAGCCGCUGGCGGCGUUGCCGUGCGCGCACAUCGUGCACCACGCCUGUAUGCCGGAGUCGUGGUCACGGCGGUCGACGCUGCGCGCGGGGGGCGGCGCGGAGUGUGCGGAGUGCGCAUCACCCCGCGCCGCGCGCCCCCCUCCGCCUGCCCCGCCCGCACCCCGCACGCUUCCCGCGCAGGACUUUCCGUUCGGCACGCCACCGACGCUUCGCGAAUCCGACCUGAACUCCGUACUGUCGGACCACAGCAGCCAACAGGCGACAUCUAGUGUUUAAACUUGGAAUUAUCCAGCGUUACAGCGGCCAUUUUGUUGACGGAUCCUUUAUGGCGUGGGUGGUGGUAGGGACCUUGGGUUGUAAUUCAACCGCCCCACCCUUCAAACCUGUUUUUUGCGGCAGAAAAACCCCCAUAACAAUAAAUACCGGUUAAAGAGUACCCUGGUGUAAUAGUCGGAUAACUCUACCGCCCAUUUUCCGGUGAAUGCCUCCCUAUAACGACACCCAUUCGAAGAAGUGGGGAGUAGUAUCCUAAGUCAUCAUACGACCAGAACCCAAUUUCACACAAGACAAAUCUGAUAUAUUUGUGGAUUGUGCAUCUAUUGUGCGGUUGGUGCAUCUCAGAUUAAAAGACAUUGAUUAUGAACGUGGAAUCAAACAAUCAGAGAGAAUUGAGGUUAAUUAAAAAAAUUAAAAAGCUAUUUGAAAAAAAAAUAGGUCUAAUACUGAUACUCCUUUGCCAUAAAGAAAUUAAAAAGAAAAAAAUGCCAAAAGAUAUUAGAGGAAUUUAAAUGAGAAGAUCAAAAAGAUGUUAUUUGUAAUUUAUUUAGGAUAAGAGAGAAUAUAAAUUAUCAUUUUCAAGCAAUAUUUUAUUGAUAA